AGGUGGUGAGCUAUUUGAUAAGGAUAAAGAGAUUACAUCAAAGACCGGGACUAGGAGUAUUUCUACUCCUGAUACUGCUCGGGAUAGCCAGUAGAUAGCCGAUUGCAUCAAAGACUUCAGUUAGCCUUGCAUCGACAAAAUCGUAGGUUCAUAGACUCGCACCUUAUUGGUUAGUUGGAGGCUCACGUAUCACUGUAAAAGAGAUGCGGAUGCUAAGCCUUGUAGGGUUCAGAUCGGUAUUCCGAGUAAUAAGUGCUUAUCGGGAUGUCGCGACGGUUGUCAUGGGUUUGAUGGGAGUUCCGAGUCGUGACAGAGAAUUUGCGUAAUUGGCCAAACUAAAAUUACAAUAUGCUCGAAUAUAACAUCAUUGCCAACGAUAUUAUCAAUGAAUCAAGUAAAAUAAGAAGCGAGGAAGAAGAAGAAGAAUAUAAGUAUGCAAUAUUGACAAGCAAGAGUUCACAACUGUUUAAAUUGAUGGAUAUUCUCAGCCGCCCCCAAGAAACAGCCAUGGCUUAAAAUACUUCCCCCAGUAGAAUUACAACCUUUCUCUUCUCCUAUUCUCUUAUUCCAAAAAUAUGGUUUUUUCAAACUGGAUUUGCACUAAAAACACCAAGAACAUGUUUGUCAAGAUUGUUCAUCCAGGGGGCCACGUUGAGCUCCAUGACAGGCCUGUCCUUGCAGCUGAGAUCAUUUGCCGGAACCCGAGAUGUGUGGUCGCUCACCCACAUGUUUUCCAGCAACCAUGGUCUAUUGUUGCACCAGAGACCGUGCUGAUGCCUGGCCAAAAAUUUUAUGUUGUGCCUUUAAGCACUAUCCGGAAGCUUCAACGACUCUCCAACAAGCAUUCUCCUUUUCCAGACCGCCAAACGCCACCAAGCAAAUCCCAGAAAAGCGAGGAACCGGAUCCUGACAGUGAUAAUCCCAGUAUUUGUUGGUUCUUUAUGCAGAAGAAUACUUUGAAAAAUCCAUAUUCCUCCAUAAAUCAUUUGGAUGACGAAGGUGCCAACGCAAAUAGCACAGAUUCUAAAGGAGAAAAAGGUGUUUCCAAGGAUAUGGUGAAGGAUGGGUCAUGUUUCUCUGAUAAAAAUUGCUUCACAUGCAUGAUAACAGGUGUCAAGACCAAAGCUAAUGGUGAUGACUCGGGAGAGGAAACAAGAUCAUCUAGCAACUUUGUACCUCCUGAGACCAGGGGACACACCAGGAAGAGAACAAGGAGACAUGCAAAAGGGUCGCCAAAAAGACAUGCAGCGUUUGACCAGUGGCAACCAAGUCUUGCAAGCAUCAAUGAAACUGAAGAAUAGAGAAAUUACAUAUAUAUAUAUA